CAUUUUUUAUCAUAUUUCGCUCGCAUUCCGGUGUCGGACCUAAUUAUUUUGGAGGAGUUGUGGACAGGAAAGACAUAUCAAGAUAUCGCUUCGCGACCCAAUGAAUGGCUGCGUCAGUGGGCGCGUAUUAUUCUAGUGGUCGAGAGAGGCCUAUCACCCCAACAGAGACUUAAUAUGCAGAAAAAGUACAGUCAGUUGAGAGGAAAGCGCACAAUUAUUAAAAUAUGGAAAACCACUGUUAAGUGUCUCUUUACU